AUGGCUAGGCAGCGUGGUUUCCGUGGGACCUACUGUUUCCUGGUCCCCUACCUGGUCUGCUUCCUGUGGUGUGAGUUCUCUGUGGUGCUGCUCCAAAACUCUUCCCCCGUGGGGCUCAUCCGGACCUGCGUUGCCUACUUCCUGUUCCUGUUUGCCUUGCCCGUGCUGGCCAUGGGGCUGGCCGCCAUGGUCCUCAUCCAGCUGGUCAAAUGGUUCCUGGAGCUGGAGCUCACCAAGAUGAUUGUGACGCUGGCCGUGUGUGCGGUGCCGGUGACCCUGAGGCUGUGGACGCGCUUCGGCCUGUCGCUCAUGGACGUGUUCCACUCCAUGUCGCAACGAGGCGCCGUCAAGCUCAUCCUGUGCUGCGUCACCACGGUGAUGCUGUUCUUCUGGAUGUACGUGUACCAGUCUGAGGGACUGCAGGGCUAUAACUCUACGUUGACCUGGAGACAGUACGGGCAGCUGUGUGGUCCUCCUGCCUGGAAGGUGAAAGGUCUGGCUCAGACACAGAUCUUCUGCACACACCUGGACGGACACCAGGUGACUUGGACCGGGAGGUUCCGGCAGGUGCGUGUAGCGGAAACUGAGAACGGAGCCCAGUCCGUCAUCAACCUGCUGCCGGUGUUCAUGGGAGAUUGGCUACGCUGUCUUUACGGAGAGACCUAUCCUAAAUGUGACCCGCUGCGGAACAACUCUACCAACACCUCCACAUCCUCAACGGCCAACUCUAACACCCCCGACGCCACAGCAACCGUCGCUAAUGCUAACCUCACCGUCGCCGACUACGCCAACGCCACAGUGCUUGGAGUUGCCGUGACGACAGCCGCCCUCCUCCGGCAGCAGGAAGAGGAGGAGCUGUGUGUGAUUAAGGCUUUGGCCAAACACACGUGUCACGUGAAGCGAUACGACAGCUAUGUGUUGGAGGUGGGCGUGGGGAUGCCCGAGGAAGACGGGGUGCCAGAAGACCGGGCCAGAGACAUCAAACUGGUGGCCAGUCAUGAGUUCAGACAGGUGUUGCUGCGCCUGCAGCCCGGCAGCCUGGUGGAGUUUAGCACCACAUUGGAGGGUCGUCUGGGGGCCCAGGUCCCGUCCUUCGAGCUGAAGGCCAUCUACUGUCUGGACUGUGACUCCUCCCUUCUGACCGCUGCCGGACAGGUGAAGAUAGAGAGAGACUGGAGACGGACCACCCUCAACUCUGUCAAGUUCGUUUUCGACUUCUUCUUCUCUCCCUUCCUCUCGGCACGUAUCGACGUGUGACGGGACGGCAAAGGAGAGAAACGGAGUGACGGGGCGGGAAAUACAAGAGGAAUAGAAGGAUAGAAGGAUUUCAAUUCAUUACAACUUUACUUUGUCCUGGAAUGUUUUAAUGUGUACAAUAGUUUGCCUUGUCCCCCCCCCCUCCCCCCCUCCUGUCCUAAAUGAUCAACGUGUGACCAACCAGCGGUGGAAGAGACAGUGGCAGCCAUUUUUUUAAAUGGACUAGUGGGAAAAAAUAGGAAAUGGAUGAAUGAAUGAAUUCAAUUCAAUAAAACUUCAUUUGUAGAGCAACUUAGUGAUUUAAAGGGAUGGACGGAGGCGUGAAAAGGUGCGUGUCUCUGGUUGGAACACCAGAAAGGGAACGGUUGCUAGUUACUCAGAUGCUGCUGUUCUCUUCUGAAAGCCAUUUUGUAAUCUUUUUAUUUUAUUUAUGAGGUGGCUCGUUACCACGGCAACGAGCUGCGACAGAGUUUUUUUACGACGGGAUGGACGGUUGGGUCAGAUUUGUAUCUAAUCGAGCAUAAACACCCGGGGAGUUGAAAUCAAAGGAGGAAGUGGGUCAUCUUUUAAACUGCAUUAGCUGAAUGUAUUUCCACUGGAGCGGCCAUUUUUCAAUGGGGAAACAGUUCACAAAUAGAGUGGUCUUUAAACGGGGGGGAACCUGGAGGAAGACGCCAGGGAAUAAUGGUGAAUGAAGAUUUCAGAGGAACCGUCCUGACAAAUAUAGUAUUAAGAGUUGUGUACUUAACUGUCUUAGGAACACACUGAUGACUUGUGUAUGUAGAAUAUGUAGCAUAUCCAUAUAGUACUAGAACUAUGUAAUGUGUGUGUGUGUAUGU